AUGAAGCGUCUGGUCUUCCUCCUCAGUGUCCUGCAGCUCCUUGCUGCUGCUGCCGCCGUGUACAAGCAGUGGAUCCCCAACACCAAUUUUGAAACCGCCUCCAACUGGGAUAAAGGCAGAGUCCCCUGUGCCAGUGACGUGAUUCAUUUUGAGAAGAACAAGGUCAUCUCAGUCUUCAUCAGGUCUCCCCAUGAGCUGACAGACAUGUACCUGCCCCUGAACGGAGAACUCGUGCUGGCAUCUGGCGCAGGAUUCGCAGCUUUCGAUGGCAGCUGGGAUCCAGGCUGUGACUCAGGUGCAACAGUGAGGUUCGCCGAUGCCGAGCACCAUGCGUGGUUUGACCCUUCGCUGUGGCAGGUCGUGUCCCUCAAUAGGGAGCUUGAGACAAGCAGUCACAUCUUUUCUGUGGAUGAGGAACGUGUCCCGUGCCAGUAUGAUGAUGUUAUCUUCCAGCCUGAAACCUCCUUCCGAGUAAACAUCGACUCAUCGCGACGGGUGAUUCGCCUCCGCAGCAUCUCUCUCAUGGGCCAGGAGCUGAGCAGUCCCGAGGCCUGGGCUGGGUACCUGCAGGGUCCCUCUGCCCCACUGCAGUUUCAUGGCAAUGGCACUCUCCAGGUGACAGGUGCUGGCUGUCCCGACAAGUCUGGCUGCACCUGUGGGAACACCCCGGACGCCCACCGCAUUUGCUCAGCCCUGCUCGGGGCGUCAGGGAGGCAGUGCCCAGCGCUGACGUGCCAGAGCCCUUUGCAGCCCCUCGGCCACUGCUGCGGGGUCUGUGGAGCCAUCAUUAGCCUGGAUUUCACUCCUGAUUUUGACCUACUGAAGUAUCGGGACAGACUGGUCCAAACCUUGCUGAGCCAGCGCAAGUACGCCGGCGUGCAGAUGGCCAUAUCCAAGGUGCAUAAAAUGCAGACCUUCCUGGGAGCCAUAUCCCGAAGCUCCACUCCCUUCAUCCAAAUCGUGCUGAUCGAUGACGGGGCAGAAGCGCAGACUGGCACCGCUGCGGAGCAGCUGGCAGCAGAGGUCAUGGAGGACAUAGCACAGCAUGGUGAAGCACUUGGUGUUUCAAGUGGCAAAAUGGAGGUGGCCACUGGCAGCACUUUCAGUGGGCAAGUGGGGAGCCAUGCAUUGAGCAGGAUCACAGCAGGGACAGUCUUGGGGCUGCUCUCCGGUCUCCUGUUGCUUGGAGGGAUCCUCUUCCUCUACAGAAAGGGAAAGCUAAGGCUGCCUGCCCUACGCAUCCCCAGGCCCUGGAACAGAGAGGAGGAUCCAGUGUCCCCGGAGCCAGCCAGUGACAAAGGCUUCGACAACCCCAUGUUCGACAUGGAGCCACCAAGCGCUGACCCUGGAGAGGAGAUGCCACAGGAGAUGACUCCCAAAGACCACCAGGUCUUUUACCUCAACCCUCUGUACGAUGCAAACGAGACGGAGACCUGA